AUUGAUUGGAAAACAACGGGCUGUGGGAGGACGCAUCAGGGAGGCUGUGGGCUAACGGGUGAGGGAAGGGAUACACACCAAAAGCUUGGACCACGCUGCCAUCUUUACCUCCCUCUUCUUCUUCUUUUUUCGUUCCUCUUCUUCAUAUCUGGGAUGAAUGCCGCUCCUGCUCCUCGGUGGGUUUUACAGCUGAGGGAAAAGACUCUCCUCGUCUGAGCAGAUCCUGAACAAGCCGAGCCUGGAAAACAACCACACAGUCUACUGCAGGACUCAGAGAUCUACAGACAGGGGUCACCAUGGAAGCCCCUCUUGUGUGUUUGGAUGAGGAGUUUGAGGACCUGCGGCCCUGUCACAUGGACGAGUUUAACAACUCCUCUUACUCAACCAACACCUCCACCACCGUCCCCCUGGCCACCAUCACCCGCGAGGACUUCUCUGAGCUGGAGAACUUCUCUGAGAUGAUGAGCUUCAAGUCCAUGGAGGACCUGGUCAACGAGUUUGACGAGAAGCUCAACGUCUGCUUCCACAACUACAACACCAAGACGGAGGUCCUGGCACCGAUACGCACCCAGACACACAGCCAGGAGGACGAGGAGAGGUUGCAGGAUGAAGACGUGUGGGAUGCUCUGACUGACAACUAUAUUUCCACCUGGGACAACCCCGACCAAGAGGGACUCAACGGCAACCUGUCUGAGCAGGAGGUACGUGUUGCUGCUCAGCUUCAUAUCCACGAAAAAGAGGAGGAGGAGAUGAAUGAGAAGAAUGACAACGCCAACUGCUUGAGUGAAGAGCCUCUUAUCACAGCUGACCAGGUCAUUGAGGAGAUAGUCGAGAUGAUGGAGAAUUCUCCAGAUCCUGGUGAAACGGAGGAGGAGGAGGAUGAGGAGGAGAACAGCCACUGCUCAUCCACAAACAACCCCUCCUUGCUUGAGGAGAUCCGGCAGCUGUCACUGGCCUCCAACAACAACUGCUCCUAUGAAGGUCUAAGUCUGAUGCCCAGCUCAGCGCUGGAAGAGCUGCUUCAUCGGGUGGAGGCCACCAUCCGUGAGUUCUCAGAGGAGCUUGUCAGUCAGCUGGCCCGGCGUGAAGAGCUGGAGUUUGAGAAGGAGGUGAAGAACACGUUCAUCACAGCCCUGAUGGAGGUGCAGAACAGGCAGAGGGAGCAGAGAGAUAGCAGCAAACGCCGGCGUCGAGACAAAGCCCUGAGUCUGCAGGGAGGAGGCACGCCACCUGUGAACGGAGGAAACACAGGAAACACAGAGAAGACAGGAAGCAUGCCUGUCAAGCGCUUCAGCAUGGAGGGACUGUCCAACAUCCUGCAGACGGGCAUCAGACAGACAUUUGGAAGCACAGGGAAUGACAAACAGUAUCUGAACACAGUUAUUCCUUUUGAGAAGAAAGCCACCCCUCCAUCUGUCGACGACCUGCAGAUGCUCACAAAAAUUCUUUUUGCAAUGAAGGAGGACAGUGAGAAGGUGCCUACACUGCUAACUGACUACAUAUUAAAAGUCUUGUGUCCUACCUAAAGCUCCACCAGGCCGGGGGGCCACAGUGUGACGGAGAACCCUCCCUCCCUCCCUCUCUCCAUCCCCCCCCCCCCC